GUAAGAGUGGAAUCGAGCUAGGGUUUGCACCUAGCUUGUUACCAAAACAAAAACGCCUUGGUGUGAUGUCUGAACCAAUUUGGGGGCAGGGCAAUCCUUUACUCGAUGCGCAUAGAGAUGGUGACAUCAAUAGUGCAAAGUGUCUCAUCAGAGCUCAUCCGAAACUUGCCUCUCGGAGAAUUAACCGGCAGGGUCAAACUGCUAUGCACUACAUCUGUGACGUUGCUGAUGCUACAACUGUGAAGGCACUCGUAGGUGAAGUUCCACCUGAAUUCCUGUGUUCUCUUAGAGACAAUGAGACAAGAAACCUGGUUCAUAUGGCCGCAGAGAAAGGCAAAGAAGAAGUUGUGAGGGUAUUAGUCAAUGCGUGUCCUAAAUUAAUCCAAGGGUUGACUUCUCUGGCGGAGACCCCUCUUCUUGUGGCUCUCAAAAAUGGCCAAAUUGGGUGUUUUUUCGCGUUGAUGGAACUUCUUCAGCAGCCCCAGUACAUUGACUGGAUGGAGCUUCUAAACCGCCGUGAUUGGGAUGGCAACACUCUUCUCCUUAUUGCAGUUUCUCGUAAGCAAGCCCAGAUGGUGGGAGCGUUGCUCUCUUACAAGCAAAGAAAUGGUGAUCGUGUGGUGGAUGUGAACUCCACAAAUAAUUUGGGUUCAACAGCGUUGGACCUCCAUAUCCAGCAUAUGCCUGAUGCAAAUGACAGAGAGAUCAGUGACAUUCUUCAUGAAGCUAAAGCGAAGAGAGGACAUGAGCUCCGCAGGUGUCAUGAAGGACAAUCAGUACAGAAAAUGAUAGAGAAGUUUUUUCUCGAAAAUUCAGACAUCAUGAAGAAAUCGUUGUUGCUGGUGGUGUUCAUUUUCAUAGCAACUGAUGCCUCCAGUAGUCUAUCUGGUUUAAGCAGCAUCUAUCCAAUCGAGCAUCCUGCUGAAAUUUUAACAAUCAAUGUUAAAGAUAUGAUAAGGUGCCCUAGCCUACUCCCUGCUGUCUUCUAUGCUAUCAUGGCAGACACCGUCACAUUUUUGAGCAGUAUGGUGAUGAUACUUGUUAUUACCUGGUCCCUUUCAACAAAAUGCUCACUUUGUUACCGUGCAGUUCCAUUGUUGCUCACGGUGGCUGUGCUUGUGAGGUGUGUUCUUGUCACCAAGACAAUCAUGCCCAAGUUCUGGAUGACCAUCGGCCCUCACAAGAUUCCAAGUUUCUUGGCCGUCUGGUUAUUCGAUUUACCUUUACUGUUCUUGUCACUUGCAAUAUGGCUUAUGGGAAAAUACGUUCUCAUAUUACCUAAGUUACCUUAGGAUUUGAGUAAGACCAUCAUGAUUUAUUAGGGAGCUAGGGACUGGAAAGCUGCGAUAAUAACCCUAGUAUUUUUGUUGUACCUUUUUUUUUUAUUUUUUAUUUUUUAUUUUUUCAUGAUGGUGGUGUGGGAUUUGUGAGGUCGCCCUGUAAUUGUACUUUUUUGUUUUUUUUCUUUUUUUUGUUGUUUGCAUGGUAGUGUGAGACCUCCAAGGACCUGUAAUUGAUAUAUGCAAUGCAUACGGUAUGGCAAAUAACUUCUUUUUUCUUUUCUUUUUUUUCUAAUAGAAAAUGUUAUUUUAAUUAAACUAACCGAAUUGACAGAAUAGGAAAAUCAAAAGUGGGGCAGCUGUUGGAUGCAUAAGCGUUAAGGAGCUCUCCCAAGUUCCCAACACAAAUCAUGGAAGACAUAUAUCAUGUUUUGAAGGCCCAUUCUAAUUU